AUUCGUCAUGGCGGACAGGAAGAGAUAAAUAUUUAUUUAUCUUAGAAAUUUUUUAUUGUCAUUUUCAUGGACUAAAAUAGAAGAUUUACAGACGUAAUUUUGUCAUAAGAAUCCGAUUAUUUCGAAUGAAUUAAUCGACAGAUAGUAAGCUUAUAUCGUCAGAUAUCGGUAGAAAAACUGGUUGAUUUCCAGCUGUAAGCUUAGGCCUACAAGUUUUUGGUGUACAGUAUCUAGAUACAAACCAUACAACAACAAUGAUGAAUAUGGAUGCCAUUACAUCUCUGCCAUCCAAUCAAUGUAUUAAGAUUUUUAUACAGAGAGAUUUCUCUGAAGGUACAGCUGUCAAAUUUCAAAAUAAAUUCCCACCAGAACUUAGAGGAAAGGUUGAAGAAUCACAGUUCCAGUCAACUAUUAACACGAUCAAUGAAAUCUAUGGGGAGGCAGAGAGCUUAUCGAUGAGAACAUAUUGUGAAAGUUGUUUUGCCUGUCUGACAGCCUACUUAGCUUAUCUCUGUAUGGAUACUUAUUAUGAAAAGUGUUUAAAGAAAGUUAAGAGAUAUAUAGAAGAUCAAAAUAAAACUAUUUAUGUACCACAUGGUAUUAUGUUGGUUGAUCCAGUAGAACGAGGCUUGAGAACUCUGGAGGUGUGUUUACUGAACGAAGCCAACCAUCGGUGAUCAGUCUUACAAACUCUCUGCUUUUUUAAAUAUUGUCAUUGUUGUCAUCAUAUUUUCAGCUUGGAUUCAUUUUCAUUUUAAUAUCCUUACUUCCAUUGGCCUGGAAGUUGUUCAACACAGUGUAGUGUAUCAAUCUUUUGAAUGACUGUGUCAAACAGAUAUGAAGCCAAUUUAAUAGUUGAAAUUGUGAAAUAUUAUCAAUCAGAGUUUAAAAAAUGAAGGUUUACAUCUUAUCUGGCAGGUAUUAGGCAAUUUUGUACAUUGAGAUAUCUGUGUGUUAGUCAUAUUGUUGACUGACUGAUUUGUCAAUUAUUCAGCUGAUCUGCUAAUUAUAGGAUAGGGAAUGAGAUAUUGAUAUAGAAGCAAUCGUCAGUGAAAUUGAUGUUAUAAAUCUCUGACAUAAGGAACAGUAUUUUACUUGGAUAACAACUUAGGCUCACAAUGAUCCUUUCUCCUCUUGGCAAUAAAUUUAUAAGGAUCAGGUGAUCAUUAGACUUGAUCUUUCCCUGAUUAAUUGAAACAAUUUGCUUAAAAGGAUUGUAAAGAGGUUUUCUAAAAUGUUGAUGUGUAUCAGAGACACUGGUAGCUUCAAUUUGUACCAUUCCAAUUUGCAAUC